AUGUAUGAAGUUAAACUGAAGGUAGAGUUGGAAGACAAGGUUCUAGAGGUUACCCAGGGAACGACGCCAUAUGAUAUCCUCUGCGAUUAUUUUAAGGACAGAAAAGACGUGAUAUCCUGCAGGAUUGAUGGGGUGUAUUCCGACAUGUCCUCGGAGAUACUGAAAGACUGUAAGCUGGAGCUGAUGACAUUUGAGGAUGACGGGGCUAGAGACAUUUUCUGGCAUUCCUCUGCACACGUACUGGGGAAUGCACUGGUAAAUCUAUAUCCCGAUGCAAAGCUGGUGCAUGGGCCACCUAUCGAAGAGGGUUUUUUUUACGAUGUUGAUGUAACAGACCCGAUUUCAUCUGAAGACUAUGAGAAGAUCGAGGAGGAAAUGGUUAAGAUCAUGAAGAAAAACUAUAGGUUUGAAAGGGUAAUCAAAAGCAAAGAGGAGCUCCUGGAGGCCUACAGGGACAAUCCUUGCAAGACACAUUUCAUCAUGAAGGGAGUUGAUAAGGAGAGCUCUGUGUACAGGAACGGAGACUUUUUCGACAUGUGCCUGGGGCCUCAUAUUCGAUCUACGGGGGUUAUCAAGGCAGUCAAGGUCCUCAAGAAUAGCUCUGCCUAUUUUCUCAACGAUCCGAACUUAAAGUCACUCCAGAGGAUUUAUGCAAUCACGUUUCCUUCGAAGGGUAUGAUGGAUGAAUAUCUGAAGAGAAAAGAAGAGGCAAAGGAAAGGGACCACAGGAAGAUAGGGACUGAGCUUGAUCUCUUUUUCUUUUCGAAAUACUCUCCGGGAUCAUGCUUCUUUUUGCCGAAUGGAACUACCAUGUACAACACGCUGAUUGAGUUUCUAAGAGAAGAGUACAGGAAAAGAGGAUUUAAGGAGGUUAUAACACCGAAUAUCUUCUGUACGCAGCUUUGGGAGGAGAGCGGCCAUCUCCAGAACUACAAGGAAAAUAUGUUUAUUAUCGAAGGGGACACCUUUGCACUAAAACCCAUGAACUGUCCUGGGCACUGCGUGAUGUUCAGGCACCAAGACCACAGCUUUAGAGACCUUCCACUCCGGCUUGCAGACUUCGGGGUCUUACAUCGAAACGAGCUCAGUGGAACCCUGACAGGGCUAACAAGAGUAAGAAGAUUCCAGCAAGACGAUGCACACAUAUUCUGUACUAAAGACCAGGUCAAGGAAGAAAUCAAGGGGUGCCUAGAAUUUCUAAGUUUUGUCUACGGGGUUUUCGGAUUCAGGUUUGAGCUUGUCUUAAGCACACGGCCGGAAAAGUAUCUUGGGUCUGUUGACGAAUGGGACAGGGCAGAGAAAGCCCUUGCGGAUGCCAUGGACGAAAGCAAUAUGCCCUUCAAGAUUAACGCGGGAGAUGGGGCCUUUUACGGGCCCAAGAUUGACAUUACACUUCACGAUGCCCUUGGACGACGAAUCCAGUGUGCGACCAUUCAGUUAGAUUUUCAGCUUCCUCAGAGAUUUGAGCUGAAGUACCGGGACAGUGAUGGUCAGUGUAGAACACCCGUUAUAAUUCAUCGGGCCAUCCUCGGAAGCAUUGAAAGAAUGAUUGCCAUCAUUCUCGAAAGCUUUGGAAAGAGAUUGCCGUUUUGGAUAUCUCCGAGGCAGAUAGCAAUUGUGAACAUGGGAAAUCCUGACUAUGUUGGCAAGGUGAGAUCUGUGCUUGCUAGGUUCCGGCUAGAUGUGAUUGACGAUGGCAACACACUGAGCAAGAGAAUAAGAACCGCCGAAACAAGUGGAUACGCUCUUGUGUGUGUGGUUGGGAAGAAAGAGGCAGAGGCAAAUGAGAUUAACAUCAGGUUCAAUAAGUCAAACAGAAACAUUGGUCUUUAUGAGCUUAGAGACAUCCUGGAUAGAAUGGCUGACGAGAAGGUUGAGCUCGACAGCAUUCUUCCGAUUGACAAGGUCUCAAUCAGUAAGUAA